AAACUCGUACGGACGGAUAUUCCGUUGGAACAAAAAACCUGUUUUAUUUGUUUGUUAUUUUUUUUAGUUAUUAAAAUUUGGUCUUAAAUUUUAUUUUUCUUAUUUUAUUUUCCCCGAAGAAAAAUAAAAUAAGAAACGUUUCGGAUCUGAGAGGGGUGCGAUGGAUUUUAUACAACAAUGAUGAAAUCAGCAGCAAUCAUUCUUCUGUGGCUCUGAAAAUUCGAUUCUCUUUCGGUUUCCUUGUUGUUGUGUUGCCUUUUCGACUUAAUUAAUGUUUCAAAUCUGACGCCAUGAGGAAGAAGCUCGAUACGCGUUUCCCUGCCGCCCGGAUUAAAAAGAUUAUGCAAGCUGAUGAGGAUGUUGGGAAGAUAGCAUUAGCGGUGCCUGUUUUAGUGUCAAAAGCGUUGGAGCUAUUUUUGCAAGACCUUUGUGACCGUACCUAUGAGAUAACCCUCCAAAGAGGAGCUAAAACCAUGAACUCACUGCAUCUAAAGCAUUGUGUACAGAACUAUAAUGUGUUUGAUUUUCUGAGGGACAUCGUCAGCAAAGUUCCGGACUAUGGUCAUGGUCACUCUGAUGCUGCUGCUGAUGACCGAACCAUUUCAAAAAGAAGAAAACCACCAGGUGAUGAAUGCAAUGACAGUGAUGAAGAAUUGAAGAGGAGCAAGAUGCUUGAGAUAAACCAUGGCAGCAGCAGUGGCAGAGGAAGAGGCCGGGGUCGGGGACGAGGCCGUGGACGUGGUCGGACAGCUGAAAGAGAGAUUUCACACCAUGAGACUGAAUCUGAACCCUGCACAUCUCUUCAGCAGACCAUUAAACCUAAUCCAAACCCUGGAAUGGUGGUGGAUGAUGUUUCCGAGUCGAAGGAUGUAUUGAAGGAAAAUGUCACUGUCCCUGAUGAAACUGAUCCUGCAGUUCGAAAUUUUGAUCUGAAUACUGAUGUAAAUGAUAGCGAGGACACAAAAGCUGCAGCAACUGCAGCCCCAGCGGCAUCCCAAGCAGCCCCAGCAUCCCAAUCAGCCCCAGCGGCAUCCCAAUCAGCCCCAACGGCAGCCCAAGCCUCAUCAGCUGGACCUAUUUCCGAGCCUAAACAUGAAGAAUAUCCUGGGUGGUCUCCUGCUGAUGUGAAUAGAAUGGCCAUUGAUCCUCUUCAACUUGCAAAUCUGAGCAGAAGGCUAGACGAGGAUGAAGAAGAUUACGACGAAGAGGGCUGAAUUCCACAUGAUGGCUUAUUGUCCCAAAGUAGGGUAGCGGGAACAAGAUCAGUGGAAAGCUCGUGAAGGAAAAUUAAAUAAAAGUAAUACAAAAGCUGGAAUAGUGACCUAAUUGGAGAUGAAAUGGCCAGUGCACUUGUCCCAACGGAGAGUCGGAAUUUCUUAUCCUGUCCAAUGUUAGUAUCGUAGCAUUUGUUAACAUCCAUUUCCAGAGGUAGCUUUUCCGUGACGAUGACAGAGAGGAUAGCCUCUGCAGUAUGACUCUUAGCAGUGUAUGAUGAAUCUGGCACCCUUGAAUAGCGGUGGAUUGCCCUAUGAGUGGUUUGCCUUUUAAUUUACUAUGUUUCUCAUAGAUUUCUAGGACAUUUAGUAGGUUACUUGUCGUUCUGUUAGGCUUUUCAAUUAAUCUUCUGACCCGGGAACUGGAUUUUGCUUC